AUGUCUUCGACUACAACCAGAUACCAAACAACUACACGUGGUUCAAAUAAAAGAGUUCAGCGAGUAAAGGUGAUCUCUGAUCCGACAACAUUGACAACUACUAUUGCAGGUGCAUCUACAAAAUGCUCAAAAGCUUCUUCGAUCUUUGACAAGAAAAAGAGUUGUUCUAAUUGUAAAGAAUCGAAAAACUUUGUUAAAUUAUUAAAUAAUGAUUUAGAAAAAAUUGAAGAAUUAGUCGAUAAACUUUUAGAGACAACUUCAAAUAAUAAGAAUUACAGUGACGACAUCGAAAACAAUGAAAGUCGCGAAAAGAACAAUAACAAUGAUGAUUUUAAUCAAGGAGGAAAAUUUGAAUUCAAAUUAAACUCUGACAACUUAAAUCAAUUAAAUUCUGGAAAAUCAAACCUUUAUAGUAAUGACUUAUCUAAAUGUAGCUUCGAAGACUUACAAAAAAUGUGA